GUGUCGAGCUGUACUCUAUCCAGAGGCUUGUAAUCGUUCAAGCCCGUGAAUAUGCUGUGGCUGCUAACGCUCACUCUACUGUCUUCCUUCUGCUGGAUAAAUAACGCAGAUCUCUGCCAAGAGCGUCCGGCUCUCUUCUUCAAGUGCGUCGCGCCGGCCCGCAAUCCGUGCCUUCCUCGCUCGUGGGUUUGCGACGGAGUGAACGACUGUCCGGACGCCUCCGACGAGACGUUUUGUGAUGUGUGUGAUCCUAAAGAAUGGUUUCGAUGCGACAUCGGUCAUCCGUGCAUCGAACGGAAAUGGUUGUGCGACGGAACACACGACUGUAUAGACGGAUCUGAUGAGAAAGUGUCUCUAUGUGGAGCCUGUCCUCAAGGCAGUUUCCAUUGUAAAAGUUCGGGCGAAUGUAUAAGCAACUCGUCUGUAUGUGACGGCGAUCAUGAUUGUUAUGACAACUCGGAUGAACAACCUCCCCAUUGCUUUCGUCCGCCUAAACCGCCUUGCAACUUGACACGGGAGUUUAACUGUCAGGUUCCUUCGUCGUUUGCUCAUUGUAUACCGAAGUCGUGGGUCUGUGAUGGUGAAAACGAUUGCGAUUCAGGGAUAGAUGAGGGUGCUGUUUGUAACCCACCAGGUUCGACCAGAAUUCCUGUUCCACCUUCAUCAACUCAAGCUCCAACAACUCAAGCUCCAACAACUCCACAGCCUAUUGUUGUUCAAUGUGCUGACGAUGAAUUUCAAUGCUAUGACGGCGUCAGAUGCUUACAAUGGUCUCAUCGAUGUGACUCCAUAGUAGAUUGUCAUGACAACUCGGAUGAAGUUGGCUGUGCAGAUGUCCCACACUGUCCACCUAAAGUUCAAUUUUCUUGUGCUAACUCCAACUGCGUUCCUCUCAAUUGUGGCGACAACUCGGAUGAAUUCAACUGUGGCCUUACACAAACCAAAUGGCAAGAAUGCGAGGGAAUGUUUCGUUGCGGCAACGGAGAGUGUCUCACGUUCAAACGAGUCUGCGAUAACAAAAAUCACUGCAGCGAUGGAUCAGACGAGAAGGGCUGCUCAUUCAACGAAUGUGACAGCGGCAAGCCUUGCCCAGGGGGGCAGAUAUGCAUCGAUGAGCUCACUUCGUAUCGAUGUACUUGUGCUCGAGGAUAUCGUAUCACGACGACAGGCUGUGAAGAAGUGGACGAAUGUCGGGCGUAUGGAAGUUGUGCACAGUAUUGUACGAACACUCCUGGUAGCUUUACCUGUAGUUGUGCUUCUGGUUAUACACUCAAAGCAGACGGUCGCACAUGCAAGGCGAACGACGGGGAUCCCAAAUUGGUGUAUGCUGACGGGCAGGACAUACGGCUAAUGCAUCUUAACACAAUGACAACAGAAGAUCUCGCAAAAGAUAGACUCUCAGUCAUACCAGUUGCAUAUGACUUCAAGAAAGGCUUGAUCUACUUUGGUGAAUACCAAAGGAAUCGUAUUAGUGUUGUUCCUGUUAAUGGCAGUGCAGAGCCAACAACCAUUUUAUUGCCACAGCAUGGUGCUCGUGAGCCUGACGGUCUUGCUGUCGACUAUCUGAAUGAUUGGAUUUAUUGGGCGAGCUCGAUUACUCGUACGAUCUUUAUGGCUAAAUUGGAUGGUUCUUAUCAUCGAGUUGUCGUGAAUGAGAGUAUGAAGUUGGACGAGCCGCGUGGUCUUGCUGUUGAUCCAUUAAGAGGGUAUCUGUUCUGGGCUGAUUGGGGGGAUCACACACAUAUCGGUGCUGCUGCGAUGGAUGGAACGGGACAGAGACACAUUGUGGUGGAUGGAUUGGUGUGGCCGAAUGGAAUAGCGGUUGAUACGAUAACACAGAGGAUCUACUGGGUGGACGGUUACCAUCAAAAGGUGAGUUGA